CCUGCGAUCGGCACAGUAAACCAGCGCCUGCUGGCAAUAAUUUUGGACUACUCCGAUUGCAAUCUACGUGCCUCGAUGGACGAAUCAUCCCUGCGCAAAAUCUUCCUUGGGCCGGAUGGCGACGGCAGAGGCGGCAUCGCGAAACAGCUCACGCAGUGUUCUUACGGAAAAUUUAACCUGAACGCCACGGCGUUCAAGGUAAUUACUGUAAAUAUCUGCGUUUGGGCAGGCCUGGGCAUACUCCCAGGUAGCCAGACCUGGCUGCUCUGGCAUUCUUGGCAGAAUGGCUGGGAGUAUGAGGACUACUCCACCUGCAUGGGCCGUGGUGAUGUCUGCCCCAACGCGCCCGAGCUAGCCUACCUGGGCUGGGCCACACCCGCGGCAUACGGCGACCGCAUUGACUCAGAAGCGCUGCCUGUAGGCUUCGAACUGCCCGCCACCUACCUAUCCCCGGACGGAAACUACCUCCGAGUCGUCCCCGACUGGUUGCCAUCAUACAGCAACAAAUCUGAAGCCAAGAAUCUGUACAUCGGCGUCCGAGUCAACAAGAACGGUGACGCGGCGCUGUCAUCCUUCUACGCAGGCAAAGUGAACAUCCACCAACUCAACGCUACUCUGGACCGUACCAUUUCCUUUGUCAGCACCAUCACACCCCUUAGCCGCGCGAUCUUGAGCACCUACAACCUCGUCGUGUACGGCGGGUCCUGGGUUGGCGGCAAGGAUAUU